AUGAGCGCCAUGCUGAGUCCCAAGAUCAGACAGACGAGGAGAGCCAGGUCGAAGAGUAUGGUGAUGGGGGAGCUGGCGAGGAGCCGGCCGUCGUCACCGGGGGUGCCGGAGAGGGCAGUGAAGGCCGGCUGGCUGAAGAAACAGAGGAGCAUCAUGAAGAACUGGCAGCUGCGCUGGUUCGUGCUCCGCACAGAUCAACUCUACUUCUAUAAAGACGAAGAAGAGACCAAACCUCAGGGCUGCAUCCCACUACAGGGUAGUCAAGUUAAUGAGCUGUCGGCCAAUCCAGACGAGCCAGGCCGUCAUCUUUUUGAGAUUGUUCCUGGGGGUACAGGAGAGAAGGAUAGAUCCGCCCUCAGUCAUGAGGCCUUCUUGCUAAUGGCAAACUCCCAAAAUGACAUGGAGGACUGGGUCAAAGCAAUCAGAAGGGUCAUCUGGGCUCCGUUUGGAGGAGGGAUCUUCGGUCAGAACCUGGAGGACACGGUGCAGUAUGAGAGGAAGUUUGGACCACGAUUAGCCCCUCUGUUGGUGGAGCAGUGUGUGGACUUUAUCAGGGAGUGGGGCCUGAAUGAAGAAGGCCUUUUCAGGAUGCCAGGACAGGCCAACCUGGUGAAGGAACUUCAGGAUGCUUUUGACUGCGGAGACAAACCUCUGUUCGACAGUAACACUGAUGUACACACAGUGGCCUCUCUGCUGAAGCUUUACCUCAGAGAGCUGCCUGAGCCAGUGAUCCCAUUUACCAAGUAUGACGAUUUCCUGACCUGUGCACAGCUGUUAGCCAAGGAUGAGGAAGCGGGACUUAACGAACUGGUCAAGCAGGUGAAGACUCUUCCUCAGGCCAAUUACAAUCUACUCAAGUAUAUUUGCAAGUUUUUAGAUGAAGUUCAGUCCCAUUCAAGUGAAAACAAAAUGAGUGUACAGAAUCUGGCCACAGUGUUUGGUCCGAACAUCCUCCGUCCCAAAAUGGAAGACCCUGUUUCAAUGAUGGAGGGAACCUCGCAGGUGCAACACCUCAUGACUGUAUUGAUCAGCGAACACGAGAGACUGUAUGUAAAUGAGGGUGGUAACGUCCGCACAGAGACCCUGAAGAGUCGGCCCCAGGGCCAACGCAACGCCAUGGUGGAGUGGAUCUCUGAGGAGGAGAUCCAGCGCUGCGCUGCCCCAGCCCAGGGCCUCAACCCCACGGAGAGCCCGGGCGGCAGUGCCACCUCUCUGGACACCAACUCCAGUGCCGCUGCCUCCACUAAACUGGUGCCGCAAGGGAAAGCAGGGGCGGCAGUCAGUCCCAGUAAACAGGCCAAGGCUUUGCCCUCGUGGAAGUGCACGUUCAAGGGUGGGGGGGCACGGGCUCAGCCGGCGAAGAUCGGGGGUUCCUCCGUGGACGUGUCCAGUUUGCCCAGCACGGGAAACUGGCUGAUGAACGGGCUCUCCUCCCUCAGGAGCCACCGGCGGACGUCGUCGGGGGAACGGAUGGGCAAGGACUCGCCGCUGUCGCACCGCCUCUCCACCUACGACAACGUCACCUCCUCCAGCCUGAGCGUGCCCAGCGUGGCCAGCACGGCCUGGUCCACCUCCUCCUGCGAGAUCUCCGUGGCCGAGACGGCGGGGAGCGAGGAGCCCGCGGGACUGAAUCUAGGGAAAGGCGAGUGGUCGGAGACGGGCCCGGCCCAGGAGCAGGGGGAGCAGGAGGAGCAGGGGGGAGAGGAGAAGGGGUCGGACCUGACGCGGAGCAGCGAGGCGUUGGAGUUGUGCGUGAGCAGCGUGGGAUGCAGCGAGAACGGGAACGCGGACGACCCGGACGGCGUGAGGGGAGACCCUGAGGAGGAGAGCUCCCAGGCCGUCGGCAGCCAACUCGCAGAACUUAAAGACGAGCUGAAGAAACAAAAGAUUUCCUAUGAAUCCCGAAUACGAAAGUUGGAGGAGAUGAGCAAAGCUCUACAAAACCAGGUACAGAGAUUAGAGGAAGAACUGGACCAAGAGAGGAAAAAGUACCGGAUGCUGGAAAUCAAACUCCGAAACUCGGAUCGGGCCAGGGAGGACGCGGAGAACCGGAACCGGCUCCUGCAGAACGAGAUGGAAGAGUUCUUCUCCACGCUCGGAGAUCUGACACUGGGAACAAGGACAAAUAAAAUCUGACCGGGAGCCAUUUGUCGUGACUAGAUUGUAGAUAGUAUUUUUUUAAAUCUCUCUGCUCAUGUAUCAUGGGUAUUCGGAGAUAAUUUUGCGCUGUUUUGUUACAGCAACUUGA